AUGAUACAUAAUAUGUCUUAAAUAUCAGACGAAGAAAGGGCUAAACAAGAGUAUCUUGUGAUUGAAUAUGGGAAAUAAGAGUAUAGGGACUUAUUUAACGGGUGGGUUCAAUAAAAAAUCAUGUUUUUCAUGUUGCUGAAAAAAGGUGAAAAAGUGAAAUAUAUUAAGGAUGGAGAAAUAUUAAAAAUUAUAAGUGAAUCAAUCCAAGAUUUAAUGAAAAGGAAAACGAUUUAAGGAAAUUUAGACUAGUAAAGAUACUUGAGAUGGGAAGCAGUGUGUGAUUCUUCUAAAACCCAACAUAAAGUAUAUUGGAGAGGGGAAUUAUUAAAAGCUGGAGGUUUUGGCGAUUAAAUGUAAUAAAAAGAAGGGAAAUGGAUAGAUUUAUGGGAGAAUUUUUGGAUAAAAUCCAAAGUAUAUUUUAUUGGAAAUUAUACCGAGGGAAGGAAAACAGGAAAGUGGGACAUUUUUUUGAAGGAAUAAAGAGUUGGAGGAGGAACCUAUAAUCAAAAAGGUAUGAAACAUGGUGAAUGGACAGAAAUCGAUAAUAAUUUCAAAAAGAAGUGUUAAGUGACUUAUAGUGGAGAAUAUUAAGAUGGCAGAAAAUGCGGAAAUUGGAGAAUAACAUAUAAUGGAAAUUAUUUAGGAGGAGGCAAUUAUAAUUAAUUUGGAUUGAAGAAUGGAAAAUGGCUAGAUCUACAUGAAGAUUUUUGGGAGUAUGAAAUGUUGUUCUAAUUUAGACAUUGUUAAGUUGGAUAUUAUGGAGAAUAUCAAAAUGGAAGAAAAAUAAAUAAAUGGAAUAUCAUAUACAGAGGAUAUAAAGAAAUUGAAUAAAACAUCAUGUAUGAUCAAUCACUACGUUUAGAGGCAAUGGAACAUACAAUGAGAAUGGCCGUAAAAAAGGAAAAUGGACAGAAUUGCAUCCAAACUUUUCAGAUUACUGCAAAGUUGUUUACUCUGGGGAAUAUAGUGGUGGAGCUAAAUAAGGAAAAUGGGAAAUAAUCUAGUUUGAUAAAGAGAAUAUUUAACCAAAAUCCAGUGUUAUGUAUGUUUUAUUUCCAUUUUUAUAGAGGUGGUGGAUUAUAUAAUUGCGGAUUAAAAGUUGGAAAAUGGGUUGACUUGCAUGAAAAAUACUUUGUUUCAAAUUGUGGUGGAUGCAAUGUCUUCUAUAAAGGUGAAUACCAGAAAGAUCUAAGAUAAGGCAGAUGGGAUAUUGUGAUGAAUAAUCAGAAUGUUGGAGGUGGCAAUUACAAUGAAAAUGGAUUAAAACAUGGCAGAUGGAUUGAUUUUCAUGAAAAUUACUCCGAUUUCGCAUAAAUCAUUCAUUAUGGAGAGUACAAAAAUGGGAUCAAAUAAGGAAUUUGGGCUAUUAAUUUCGAGGGCUAAACUAUUGGAGGAGGCGAAUAUGAUUAGAGUGGAUUGAAAAAUGGAGAUUGGGUAGAUUUGCAUAUCAAUUUCACUAAGUAGUUAAAUGAUUUAACAAUUAGAUUUUGUUAAGUUACUUAUAAGGGCGAGUAUUUUGAUGGAAUUAAGAGCAGUAUGUGGGAAACAUGUUUCAAUAACGGUGUUAUAGGAGGAGGAAUAUAUAAUGAGGAGGGAAAUAAAGAUGGAUAAUGGGUCGAUUUACAUCAUAACUUUAGAGACUUAUAUCAAGUGGUUAUUAUUUAAAACUACCAAAAUGGCAAAAAAUUAGGAACAUCUAAAGAAAUAGAACUUUAAUGA